AUGAUCCAUGAAUUGGUCAUCAAGUCGCUGCUUUGUCUCAACGAUAUAGAAGAGAUCACACCGGGAGUAACGGAUAGAGUAGACCAAGGUUGGAAGAUGUCCAGGUUUCGUUGUGAGUUUGGAGUUCGAAUGGAGAGAGCAGAGGGCUGCACUUUCCAUUGGGGAGAGGUUGAACUGAGUGAGAGGGGUGGAGAGAUUCAGAUGAUCGAUGUCAUGACAGCACCUGAAGAUGAAGAGGUCGAAAGAGGAGGAACUACAUCAGCUACUCACCUGUCGUCCAGGACCUCUCCAGCCGCUAAUGAGGAUCAGAUGGCUCAGUCUUCAGACUCUUCAUUCUUCAGUCAGGAAGAGCUGAACAAACUGAAGUCUAAUUGUGAAAUGGAUGGCUGGGAGGCAGUUAUGCUACUGACACAGAAGAAAUUUAAUGAGCUGGACAAUACAGAUGUGAACACCGCAGUGACAGCAGAAUCAGGCUCAGGGAAAUCAACCUUCAUCAAUGCAAUAAGGGGCCUUCGCAACGAUGAUGAAGGAGCAGCUAAAAUUGGCAACACACUUAUGACAGUGGAGCCAAUUGGAUACCCACUUCCUAAUUUGCCUAAUAUUUGUUUAUGGGAUUUACCAGGAAUUGGAACAAAACAAGUCCCAGCAAAUAAAUACCUGUCUAAAACAGAAUUUAAACAAUACGAUUUCUUCAUCAUAAUCUCGCAGUCUCGCUUCACAGAAAACGAUGCAAAGCUGGCUAAAGAAAUUAAAUGGCUGGAAAAGAAUUUCUACUUCAUUCGAUCUAAAAUUGAUGAUGAUUUAAAUACUUUUGAAAUGGAGGGUGAAAAGUUUAAUGCAGCUGAAGAGCUGGACAAGAUCAAGAAUUACUAUGUCAACAGUUUGAAAGAGGAGGGGAUUCCAUCACCAACUGUUUUUCUUAUAUCAAACAUUAAAGUUAAUGAGUUUGAUUUUCCAGUAUUAAACAGGAAUCUCCCAGAUAUCUUGAACAAUUUAAAAGAUGGUUAUGCUCUAUUAUCACUUCCAAACACAACAUUAGAAAUUGUAGAAAAGAAACAAAAACUGCUCAAGAAAAGAAUCUGGAUGAUGUCAGCACUUUUUGGAGGGAUGGGAGCUAUCCAUAAUGUUAGUCCUGCUGAUGUUUGCAUUCAGCUGCUGCUGAAGGAAAUAAAAAAAUUCCAUAAAUUUCUGCGCCUGGAUGAUGCCUCCCUUCAAAGACUGGCCAAAAUGGCAGGGAAAUCUGUGGAGGAUUUAAAAACUGUGGUGACAGCACCCCGAGUCAACGAAAUAAAUCAGCAAAAAGCCUACGCUGUUUAUUCCACCCCAUCCAUCAGUGUCCCCAUUGACCCUUGGCAAGUGCCCAACUGUUUCCUUUGUGCUGACUAUUUGACACACUGUAUAAGAAAGCUUUGUUCCAAGCUGCUACUGCUGCUGUUGGACUUUGUUUCGGCUCUGAAUUGUGAACAGUGCGAGGAACGAACCUAA